UUCGCAACACUGACUGCGUUUUUUUUUUGGAUUCGAUUCGAGUCGAGUGAAAAUGUGUGCGUGUUGAUUUAUUUAUUGAGCGGCGCCUCGCGUUUAUUUAAUAUUUAUUGAUAUAUUGUUAAUCGCCAACUCUCCACUGUCGACGCAGCGGAUCAAGUGCAAUAGCGAGUGCAAUAUUCGGGGCCGUAUGUCGAGUGCUGGGGAGAGCGAGACGGCGACAAAUAGAAAAAGACUCGACUCACACUGACGCACACGAACACACGGGCGCGCGCGCUGCAGCGUCGGUGUGUGUGCGUGUGCUAGUGGCUGUGCGCGUGUGUGUGUGUGUGCAAGAGUAUAGAGAAGAGGAAGAGCGAGAAGAAGCGCGGACUCAAGUGAAGAAAAACUCAAAACAAACUCAAUGUCGGCGCAGGGCGAAGGGGGCGGCAGCGGAGGGGGCGGGGCCAGUUCGGAGGGAGGCGGAAACGCAGGCGGAGGAGCCGCCGGAAGCGGGACCACAGUGGUCGUGACCAACGGAGGCGGAGGCAGCUCCUCCGCCAAGAGCCAACUGCCCCUCACCCCGCGCUUCACCACCGAGGAGAAGGAGGUGCUGUACACCCUGUUCCACCUGCACGAGGAGGUCAUCGACAUCAAGCACCGCAAGAAGCAGCGCAACAAGUACUCCGUCCGGGAAACGUGGGACAAGAUCGUCAAGGACUUCAACUCGCAUCCGCAUGUGAGCGCCAUGCGCAACAUCAAGCAGAUCCAGAAGUUCUGGCUCAACUCGAGACUCCGCAAACAGUAUCCCUACCGGGACGGCAGCUCCAACAAUCUCAGCUCCGGCAGCGCCAAGAUCAGCUCCGUUUCCGUGUCCGUCGCCUCGGCGGUGCCGCAACAGCAGCAGCAGCAGCAACAGCAGCACCACCACGACGGCGUCAAGGUGGAGCCCGAGUACCAGAUCAGUCCCGAUGCCUCCGAGCACAAUCCCCAGGGGGACACCUUCGACGAGAUCGAGAUGGAUGCCAACGAUGUCAGCGAGAUCGACGAGGAUCCCAUGGAGCAGCAGCAGCAGCAGCAGCAACAACAGCAGCAGCAGCAGCAGGAGGCGGCCCAAGCUCAGGCGCAGGCUCAAGUGCAAUCGGCGGCCGCCGAAAUGCAGAAGAUGCAACAGGUGAACGCGGUGGCCGUGGCGGCGGCGGCGGCGGCCAAUGCCACCAUGAUCAACACCCACCAGAUCAACGUGGACCAGAUCAGCGCCGAGAAGCUGACCCUCAACGACCUGCUGCACUUCAAGACGGCGCGACCGCGCGAGGAGAUCAUCCUGCAGAUCAAGCAUCCCGCCGAGGCUACUGCCACCCAGAUCCACACCAUACCCUCCCAGGCGCAGCAGCAUCCGAUGGCCACCAUCACCGCCGGCGGCUACAACCAGCAGAUAAUCAGCGAGAUCAAGCCGCAGCAGAUCACCUUGGCCCAGUACCAGGCUCAGCAGCAGCAGCAGGCUCAGGCGCAGGCCCAGGCCCAAGCGCAAGCUCAAGCUCAGGCGCAAGCUCAGGCGCAGGCUCAGGCUCAACAGCUCGCCCAGCAGCAGCUGGCGGCCGCUCAGCAUCAGCAGCUGGCCGCCGCCGUCCAGGUGCAUCACCAGCAGCAACAGCAACAGCAGGCGGCCGUGGCCGUCCAGCAGCAACAGCAGGCUGCGGCGGCGGCGGCUGCCGUGAAGAUGCAACUUACCGCCGCCGCCACGCCCACCUUCACCUUCAGCGCCCUGCCCACGGUGACGGCCGCGACGACGGUGCCCACGGCGGUGCCAGUGCCGGUGGCCAGCGCAUCGUCGGCUUCGGGGAACUCGGCGGCCGUCAACACAUCAACAGCCUCCUCGGUGACCCUCAACAAUACGAGUUUGGGCGGCGGAGGAGGCGGCAAUGGGGGAGCCAACAGUUCAUCCUCCGCCGCAGCGGACAGCUUCGAGGAGCGGAUGAACUACUUCAAGAUACGCGAGGCCGAACUGCGCUGCAAGGAGCAGCAGCUGUCCACCGAGGCCAAGCGCAUCGAGCUCAACAAGGCGCAGGAUGAACUCAAGUACAUGAAGGAGGUGCAUCGACUGCGAGUCGAGGAGCUCAAGAUGAAGAUACGGAUACUGCAGAAGGAGGAGGAGCAGCUGCGCAAGUGCUCCAACUCAUGAGAUCUGGAGGACAUCAGCGAUGCCGACGAGGAGGAGGAGGACGCGGAUGCCUACUUGGAUCGCUUCACCCCUGGGGACUUUUAGUUCGUUAGUUUUAGGUCUAUCAUCUACUACCAUCUACUCCUAUCCCGAAUCCUUAGUC